UUUCAGCCAGAGGUGCAGUUGGCGGAGGAUUAUGAUGUAUUUAUUUCUAAAGCACAGUUAGACUCUAUCUUACUGAACUACACCCGCUCCGGCAGUCUGCUCUUCAGAAAACUGGUGUGUGCAUUCUUUGACGAUGCCACGCUAGCUAACUCGCUGCCCAACGGCAAGAGAAAGAGAGGACUGAAUGAUACCAGGAAAGGACUGGAUCAGAACAUCGUAGGAGCCAUUAAAGCAUUCACAGAAAAGUAUUGCACUGCCAAUGGAAUUGAGAAGCUUCCGGGCCCCAGAGACUGGGUCCAGAUUCUGCAAGAUCAGAUUAAACUUGCCCGUCGACGCUUAAAAAGGGCAGAGACAGCUUCAGAUGGCCAAGAGAUCCUGAACAUAACAUCUGCAGACACAGCAGAGAAAUGUCCACAAACUCUUGAUGAAGUGGAAACUGUGAUACAAAACGGUGCUGCUUAUGAAAGAACAGAAUGUCUAGUUGCCAUGGACACUGUCUGAGCAGAGAUUAUUAACAAAAUGCAACAUCUGACCCCAUAAAGGAGAUAUUUUUCUUAUUUUAUUUGCCUAGACUAUACUUUGAAAUUCUCAUUGCCAUCUCCUCAUGAGGAACAAAAACUUUAUCACUGAUGUCAAAGCUUUUUCACAGCUCACACACAUGACUCCAGUUCUGCUGUGUAACACUUUUGUAACACAAGUACUCUCAUUUGAGUGUUUUAAAGUCCCUGAUGUCAGCAGUCUUCUAUUUCUAUCCAAAUACUUCAACAACAAAUAUCAACAGAAGAGCUCAGAAAACAUGACUGUGCCUUUUAAGGAUAGUUCACCCAAAAAUGAAAUUUCUGUCAUCAUUUACUCACCCUCAAGUUGUUUCAAACUUGUAUACAUUUUUUUCCUGUUGAACGCAAAGGAAGAUAUUUUGAAGAACGUUAUUAACCAAACAGAUCUGGGGCACUAUUUACUUCUAUAGUAUUAUUUUCUUACUUUGUAAGUCAAUGGUGCCCCAGAUCUGCUUUGAUACAAACAUUCUACAAAAUAUAUUUUGGAACAACUUUAGGGUGAGUAUAUGAUGACAGAAUUUACAUUUUUGGGUGAACUAUCCCUUUAAUUCACUCUGCCAAGAGACAAACUGAUGUCAUUUCAAAGUUGUGAUGGUUAUUAAUUAUUUCUGGUGAAAUGUGUGAUGUAUUUAAUAUUCUUUGCAUAUAACCUUUACUAAUGUGUGAUUAGCAAUAUAAUCGAACAGAGUGGCUAUGUAUAUAUGUUACUGUUUGACUACCUGUGUAAGAGCUUUUGGUGUUUAUUGAAUGUGUGCUGAGUAAAAUUGAACUCUGUCCUGUGUCUCAAUAACAAAAAACAUUUUACCUCAUGGUCAAAUGCUUAAAAACUUUUAUUGUUGAUGUUAAAGGAAUAUUCCAGGUUAAAUACCAGUUAAACUCCAUAGACAAAAUAUUUGACAUGGCUGUUGAUUACCACAUUAAAUAAUUCCAACUUGUACCUCAAACAAACUCAUAGUCGCUUUAUUGUCAUUUUAACCACAUACAGCCUUUUCCAGGACAAAGAUGCUAGACAUAACAAACACUUAACUGUACAUCAUUAAAUAAUCUUAAAGGGAUAGUUCACUUUAAAAUGAAAAUUCUG